GCGAUGGCGGCGGUGGUGAUCCCAAUGAUCCAGAAGAAGAGGAAGAGUGCACGACGAGGACUGUCACAGACCGCUGGGUCUCUUGUGAUGCUCAGCGCACGAAGGAUUGCACGACUUACUCUACCUCACUCGUCAGCGAAUGCUCAGCUACAGGCAAAGAAACGACUACCACAGGGGGAAGCUGUCCAGCGUAAACCUACAUAUGAUCCCAGGCUGCAGGACACACAUGAGAAGCUCCCAGCCGGCGUAAGCCGCACAAAAGGAACAACUGUAUUUUCCGGAACGACCGUGACUACAUGGGGAUGGAAUCGCAACCCAUUAGGCGGCACUAGGACGUCCAACGGCGGCAAUGGUAAC